ACAUUAAUACUCUUAUUAUUGUUGUUACCCACUUAAAAACAGAUAAUGUAAUUAUUUUCUAGUAUAAUAUUUUCGUAAAACUGGUAGGCCCAUGGCACAAUAAACAGGUAGAAGCAUGGUAGCAAAUACAACAACUGCAUGUAUUUUGUUGUUGCUUGAAAAACAUAAAGUGUCAAAAAUGAAAAGCCAAACUUGCCGAUGUAAACAGAGUUUGAGAAUUCACAAAGCAAGCAAAAUGGACGCCAAAGCAAAAAACAUAUGAGCAAUGUGGAGCAAUAACAAGAAAUGCGGCCACCAAAGGUUUUUGGGAAAAGAAAUUUAUAUUUUAAUAAAUGGAAAUACGUGCGAAAGUUAUGGCGAAUACGAUUUUGUGUGCCAAAAUGCUUUCGUCGCAGUCCAUGUAUAAACAGUCAAGAUGUUAAUGGAUAUACCCCACUACACCACGCAUGUCUGAAUGGCCACAUCAACAACGUGCGACUUUUAUUGGCUCAUAAUGCUGUACCAGACAUGCCAGACAUAAGAGGCUCAACUCCAUUGUAUUUAGCAGCAUGGGCAGGUCAUGAUGAGAUAAUUAAACAACUAUUACUGCAACCACCCAAAGCAGCUAAUCAAAAUAUGCAGACUAUUGAUAAUGAAACUCCACUGCAUUGUGCCGCACAACACGGCCAAAACACUGUUUUAGCCAUUUUGCUUGCCUACGAUGCGGACCCCACUGUCCGCAACAAUAGUUUUCAAACUGCACUAGAUCUAGCAGCGCAAUUUGGACGGUAGCUGAGUGCACCCCAUAGACCAUUUCGCCAUCAACACAUCUCUUUACUCUAACAUGUUUGCAUUUAGCUAGUCGUAAUGGACACAAAAAAGUAGUAGAAGCGCUACUAGCCGCUGGA